AUGCAGCGUUCGAGCUCGCUGUAUGUGGCUCCCAACUGUGGUGGGUCGUCCGUGACGAUUCCUCCACUGCUCACCACCCUCAGCAAUAGCCCAGACCACCUCCAGCAACAGCAGCAACAACAGCAACAGCAGCACCAACAUUACAGCGUCGUCACACCAAUCGAUACGAUUACGCUGGAAGCAAAUCUUCACAGUCCCACGUCCGGGCGAGGCUCCCUCAAGCGCAAACUUCCCAUCUCCGAGCUGGAAGAUCACUUUCCCGUCUCGGUAACGGUGGCACCGUACGGCACCCUGCCGGACGCCGUCUCCAAUGGACCGCUGGUGACGAAACAGCGGAAGGAUAUCGAUACCGGCGGUGGGAUCGGCGUGGAACUGCACGAGUUCCCUGCCUUCGGGCAGGCCUUCCAGGGUGUGUCCGGCAUUGGGCAGUUCUACGUGAUUGGACCGAACGAUACGAACAACAACAAUCCAGCAAACUCGUUGGGUGAUGCGCAUGACCAGCAUCACCACCAGCUGGCGACGUACAUUUACGACGUGCCGGGUGGGAUUGACACCGGUGGGGAAGGCACGGAGAUCAUACCGAUCAGUGAGCAUCACCUAACCUCGGCCGUGUUGGCACCGGUUGUGAGCGAUGUGGUGCACCAGACGAACGGCAUCGUGCUGACCGAUAUCAGCUCCUCCACCUGGACCAGCACGGCCGAGCUGCUCGAUCUGGACCGGAAGGGGUCGUCUGCCUCGACCAUACCUACCAACGUCCAUCACCAUCGCUACUCGAUAGUGAGUACCGAGCAUCAUCAUCAUCAGCAGCAGCAACUACAGCAGCAACAACAACAUCAACAGAACAGCCAUCAACAACAUCACCAACAUCACCAUCAUCAGCAGCAACACCCGCAUCUUACCUCACACCACCAUCAUCAGCAACAGCAGCAGCAGCAUCACCAUCAUCACCACCACCAGCCGUUGCUCCAUGCCCAGCACGCGGUACAGCCCAUGCAUACACACCAUCAACCUCAGCAACAAUCGAUAACCUCUCCGUCGUCGCCCCGACCUCCACCGCCUCCUCCGCCUCCACCUCCUCCUCCACCACCAGCGCCAAACACAUCCUCUGCGAAUGCCGAACAUGUGCACAGCCAUCGCAACAAUCAAGAAGUGAACCAACAGCAGCAGUACGGCGGUGGUGACAACAGCAGCCCGUACGAUGGCACCAACAAUCAGAGUUCGGCCAGCAACUGGUCGAAUUCGGGCGAACCGUGUCGGUCCACCGACGGCAAUAGUCCGCGCCGCAACGAACCGGCCAGUGCUGGACUGGCGCUCACAAACGGCAUGAAGACUCCCGAACGCUUAGCAUCGCAAACUCCAGACACUCCAGAAGACUGCAAGAACCUGUCAUGGUUGCUCAACUUCAAGCUCGACGACAUCCCGAACCUAUCGCCGCGGUCCAACCGGAAGCAGCGCUCGAAAGCAUUUGCCGCCGGUACCGGGACGGGUGCCAACCCGGAUGGGGCCGGUGCUGGUGGUAGCAGCAGUCUCGGCGGUGACUCCGGCACCGUCGCCAUCGAGGAAGGUGAUUUGAAUGUGGGCGAAAAUGUUACGAUCGAAAGCAGUAACGGCAAGUCACCGAAGAAACCGCCAUUCACCUACACGGAGCUGAUAGAGUACGCACUGGAGGAGCAGGGUGAUCUAACUGUUGCAGCUAUCUACCAGUGGAUCUCUGAUCACUUCCCGUACUACAAAUCGCAUGACGACCGUUGGAAAAACUCGGUCCGCCAUAACCUGUCGAUAAAUCCACACUUCCGCAAGGGUCGCAAAUCGUCGCACGGUUCCGGCCACCUAUGGACAAUCUCUAGUCGCAAUUCGGAGGAUAAUUUUCUUGCCUGGGAGCAUAAAAAGCAACGCUUUGAAUGGUUUUUCAAGAUGGAGGCGAAUGCGCGUAUGCGUGAGGUUGGUACGAGCGACACGAUGACGGAUGCGGAGGUGGCGGCUGCGACAGCUAGUUUGGCACAGUAUGUGCCAAAAUCUCCUACCACAGGCUCGCCGGUGAAUCAGUGUCUGGAGACGUUAAAUCCCGGUGCACCUGAACCGCACCGUCAACAUCUGUCUCAUGCGAUGCAGUCCCAGCAGCAACAGCAGCAACAUCAACAGCAUCAACAGCAGCACCAUCACCAUCAUCCGCAGCAGCAAAUUACCGCCACGUACCAUGAGGCGCAAACGUUGUACGCGGACAUCAUCACCAGUGCGCAGUUUAAGGUGACCACCAGAACGGAAGAGAUCAAGCAUCCGGACGACGACACGUUUAACGGGUUGCGACGUGGAGGGGAUAUACAGAUCGAUCGUCCAACGCAAACGAUCCAGACGUACGAGAUGCUAGAUUCUGCGGAGUAUAACAUUGCCGACUACCUGAACCCGGUGCCGAAGGAGGAAAUUGUGCAGGAGUGUGGAUUGCGGUCGGUGGCACUCGAUCCGGCUGAGCUCGGUAUCAACAUCCCGUCCGCUACCGGCCAGGACGACGAUAUACUGUUCGAUGACUUCAAUCUGAACUACUUCGGCAACAACAUCAUGACCUGA